AUGUCAAAAGCAUACUAUUUUUUAAAAAAUUUUAAUUGGGAAGAAGUUUAAAAUUUAUUAUGCUAUGGAACUAAGCAUCCUAAUAUAUUAACAAAUCAUUAAAAGAUAACUCGUCUUUAUAGAGCUACUUUAAGAAGAGUAAAUGCGCAUUAAUUAGAAGGUUAUAGAACUUGUUUUAUAAAAUAUAAUGAAACUUUACAUAAUGUAUCCGAUGAUUUCAGAAAAAUGUAUUAAUUGCCAGUUGAAUCUCUUGAAUUGAAAACUUUUUUCAAAAAAUAUGAAGAUUUACAUGAAGAAUUAUUUGACCCUAAUAUGGUUAUUGAUGAAUCAAGACCUUAUGCCCCAACUUCAAAUAGAUAUUAUAUUUUUGAUGAAAAUCUUUUGAAAUUCGAUCCUUUUGGAUAUUACUCUCCCAGAUUACUUUCAGAAAAUAGACCUGAUGAAAAUAUGCCUUUUUAUGAAGAUUAUCCUUAAAAUGAUAGUCACUGGAACAUGUGGGAACAAUUCUCUGAUGAUUUUGAUAAUACUAACUACGAAAGACAAUAGAUUUUAAAAAAUUAAAAUGCUCAAAAUUAGGGUUUAUGA